GGUACAUCUGGACACAUUCGACGUUGCUCUGCUCGUGAAGUGCGUUAACUGAAAGAAGCGCACAACUUUCCAAAGUUGAAAGAGGUUCAAGAGUUCAUAAAAGACAAAACAAUUAAAUUAAAUUAAAAUAAUUUAAUUUAGUGUUUAUAAUAUAAUUGUUGAUUAACCAACACAGUAUCACCUUGAACUCAAAAUGUGUGGGAUUUGGGCCGUGUUUGGACUUAAAAAUAACUUAAACUACCACUGUGGAGAUACCUUCAAGAAUAUCACACAACGUGGACCGGACGCGUGGAGAAUCGAAUAUGACAACCGAAUCAAGAACUGUUGUAUUGGUUUCCAUCGCCUGACAAUCGUCGAUUGCAUUUAUGGUAUGCAACCGAUGCAUUUGAGGCAAUAUCCUUUGAACCAUCUCAUCUGCAAUGGAGAGUUGUAUAACUGUAAAAAGCUUAAGUCUGAAUUUGACUUGGAAUACGAAACGAUGUGCGAUGUCGAAUGCAUCCUGCACCUGUACAAAAAGCUGGGUAGCGUGAAGGAGUGCGUCCGACAGCUCGACGGCGUCUUCGCCUUCUGCAUCGUCGAUGUGCCAAACAAGCGCGUCGUGAUGGCGCGCGACCCAUACGGUGUUCGUCCGCUGUUCCGUCUGCGCACCAAGAAAGGCGUGCUGGCGAUUUGCUCCGAAGCGAAGGGACUGGUCGGUAUACGACGGGAUUUGCAGGAUGAUCAGGUGCAAAUCGAACCGUUCCCACCGGGCAGCUAUGCGGAGUAUGAGCUUAAAGAUGAUGGCAGUGUGGUGUUACUCAAGGAGGAGGUUUAUCAUGCGCCUGGAGAUAAACCGCAAUUUAAACCUUUCUAUCCAUAUGAAGAAUUAGUACCUAAUGAUCAUUUCAACAACAUUCGUAAACUUUUCACAAUGGCAGUGAAGAAACGCUUAAUGGCGGAUCGUAGAAUUGGUUGCCUACUUUCCGGUGGUCUUGACUCUUCUCUCACUGCAGCUGUGUUGACGCAGGUUGCAAAAGAAGCUAACAUUCCGUAUAAACUACAAACAUUUGCGAUUGGAAUGGGUGACAGUCCAGACUUGCGAGCUGCCCGCCAGGUGGCGGAACACAUUGGUUCAGAACACUAUGAAUGUAUUUUUACUGAAAAUGACGUGGCGGAGGUGCUCGAUGAAGUGAUUUAUACCUUAGAGACGCCUGAUAUUACCACAGUCCGCGCUUCUAUCUGCAUGACGCUAAUAGCUAAAUUCGUUAAAAAGACAACUGAUACUACAGUAUUGUUUAGUGGGGAGGGCGCUGAUGAACUUGCGCAAGGUUAUAUUUAUUUUAAGAAUGCCCCCUCUGCGCAAGCGGCUUAUGAAGACAGUAUACGGUUACUCAGAGAAAUUUACUUGUUUGAUGGAUUACGCGCUGACAGAACUAUUAGUAGUCAAGGAUUGGAGCUGAGAGUGCCAUUUUUAGAUCUACAAUUUACCAAUUAUUACCUUUCAAUGUCAAAAGAACUUCUCCAGCCGAAAGAUGGCGCGUUAGAGAAGUUUAUGUUACGCCAAGCGUUCACUGACACCAACCUUCUUCCGCAUUCAAUUUUGUGGAGACAUAAAGAAGCUUUCAGUGAUGGUGUAACGUCCAGAAAGAAGUGUCUAUUUCAAAUUCUCGCUGAAAUCGUGGAGAAACGCCUGCCUGGAAAAUUCGACCCGGAAAUGGCGAAGCAAACGUACCCGCAUUGCAGUCCGACCACAAAAGAAGCUCUCUAUUACCGCCAACAAUUCGAAAAGAACUUUUCGGGUUGCGCGGACAACUUCAUUCCGUAUUAUUGGAUGCCGCGAUGGUGUGAAGUUCAAGAUCCAUCUGCGAGGUUUAUUAAGUGUUAUUCGGCCGAAACAGAAACACCCAACGAUGUGUCAGCGAAAGAUAUUCAUGUUGAAGCAUAAAUAUCCUCGAAUAAAUAAAUACCAUAACUAUA